AUGGCGAGAUUUCUGUUGAUUGUAUUCAUUGUCCUCUGCUUCCUUUCAAGUUUUAUCACAGUCAACACUCAGAGAACUCGAAGGUCCUCUAAUGGUAGCGCUACAAAACAGCUAAGAUUCGAUAAAAAGAAGGGCGAGUUUAAGAUUCUACAGGUGGCUGACAUGCACUAUGCCGAUGGCAGAAAGACUCCAUGUGAAGAUGUCUUGCCCAACCAGCUUUUCCAUUGCUCUGAUCUCAACACCAGUGUCUUCAUCAACCGAAUGAUCAAAGCUGAAAAACCCGACCUCAUUGUUUUCACAGGGGACAACAUCUACGGAUUUGAUGCAACAGAUGCAGCAUCCUCCAUGAACGCAGCUUUUGCCCCUGCAAUCUCAUCAAACAUCCCAUGGGCUGCAGUUUUAGGCAACCACGAUCAAGAAUCAACCUUAUCAAGAGCAGGUGUCAUGAAACAUAUUGUUACAAUGAAGAACACAUUAUCUCAACUCAAUCCUGAAGGUAUUGAAAUCAUAGAUGGUUUUGGGAAUUACAAUCUUGAAGUCCAUGGAGCUGAAGGAACAAGCUCAAUGAACAAAUCGAUUCUCAACUUAUACUUUCUUGAUAGUGGCGAUUACUCCACAGUAUCUUCAAUCCCUGGAUACGGAUGGAUCAAACCAUCUCAACAGUUUUGGUUUCAAGAAACGUCUAGAAAGCUUCAAAAGACAUCAAAAGCACCUGGACUUGCGUAUUUUCACAUCCCAUUACCUGAGUAUGCAAGGUUUGACAAGUCAAACUUUACGGGUGUGAGACAAGAAGGGAUAAGUUCUGCUUCUGUGAACUCAGGGUUCUUUACAACUUUAGUUGAGACAGGUGAUGUGAAGGGUGUUUUCACUGGACAUGAUCAUUUGAAUGAUUUUUGUGGGAAGUUGAGUGGGAUUCAUCUUUGUUAUGGUGGAGGGUUUGGGUACCAUGCGUAUGGGAAGGCAGGGUGGUCAAGAAGGGCGAGGGUGGUGGUGGUUUCUUUAGGGAAGGAUGAAAAUGUGAAGAGUAUUAGAACAUGGAAGAGGCUUGAUGAUCAAAAGUUGACUACCAUUGAUGAACAGGUUCUUUGGAGGCGGAGUUCAUCUGGGAGUCGUAGGAAGAAGCCACCUGUUGUUAACCCUUGA